AUGCGUUCUUUUCUCAUUAUCGGCGCUGCCGCUCUCACUGCUGCAUCCCCUGCACCACAGGCGAUCGACUUUCCCCUUCUCAACGCUUUGCCGGUCCCCCUCCAAGGUCCUCCUGCUGGUCUUGGGCUAGCUCAGGUCAACGCAUACGAUCAAGCAAAGGCCCAAUACGCCGCUGCAGCAGCAGUCGGUGGUAUUGCCACUGCAAAGCAGGCGAAGAGAAGUACCGCUCCCGAUGCCGAUAUUGAGGCUCGCUGGGUGCCAGCCAUGACUUCUGCUCCCGCGGCUGGGGUUACAGCUGCCCCUACGGCCAACCCCUCAUCGACCAACUUCGCCCCUUCAUCCUGCGUUCCAGUCGACUGGGUGAACACCUUCGCCUUCACGGCUGACCCGGCCUGUGCUACACAGAUCGAGGUUGGCACCUACUGCGGAUUUAUCAAUCCCGAUGAUCCCUGUGCUGCUCAACCAAACGCAUAUGCUCCUCUCACUACGCCUGAUACUGCCGCUGCUUUCAAAGACAACCAUGUCUACGAUGACCUCGCUAAUUCGGCCGUGACACCUGCUGGAUAUGACAGGUCUUUCGUGAACCUUGAUGGUUCUGUCGAGGGAAGCGGAUACCUCGCCUACAAGGAACUUACCAGCUACGAUGUCAAUGCAUGCUCUGCGUACUGCGAUGCCACCAGCACAUGCACAGGCUUCAACAUCUUCAUCGAGCGCGACCCCAAGUGGAACCCAAACCAGUGCUCGUGCAGCAGCCCCGAUUCCGUCGCUAGGUUCAAGUGCAGCAUUUUCGGCCAGGAUGUCACCAAGAACGCUGCCACCAACGUCGGCCAGAACCAAGGCAGCUUCCAGGUCGUCAUUGUCGGCUCGAACGGCUACAACAAGAAGAAGUACACUCCCCCUACGCCUCCCAGCUGCAGCAACCGCCAGAGCUGCGGUACCAAGCUUCACAACCAGGCCCCAUACUGCAUGGGCACCAAGACUUUCCAGGGUCCUUUCGAUCCCUCUCUUUGUGCUGCCUACGCACAGGCCCAGAACACAGCCAACAGGAAGUCUGGUAUGAUGGGUGCGUUCAUGUCCAUGUUUGGCUUCAACAAGGGUGGAUGCGUUCAGUUCCAGGCUGCCUAUCUGGAGAAGUCGGGUAAGGGCUUUGGUACCCACUGCCGUCUCUUCACCAAGAAGUUCUCUGCUUCCCAGGCCAACUUCGAUGUUAGCUCCAGUGGCUCAGCUUGGGGAUGCCAGAAGUCGUUCACCUACGAUGUCGAUGUCAACGCCAGUUUCAACUGGGCUGGUUGGUCCAUGAAGAAGUCCAAGCGCGACGAGUAA